AUGUCUGAGGAUACUUCAUCAUCAGAGCCCUUGGGUUCUAGCCCUACUGUGGCUCCUAAACAUUACACAGUGGCAGCUUCCUCGGACGGAGAGGAUAGCGAAGAACGGGAAGAUGAGAGUUCACUGGAGGAAUCUCUGGGUAGUCUGGAGAAUGUGUCGGAGGGGUAUAUGGAUAACGAAGAGUCUCUGGAGGAUGAGGAGUUUGUGGAAGAGGAGGAAUCUCUGGAGGAGGGCAAUUACCUGGAGGAGGAUGAUUAUCUGGAUGAGAAAACAUUUCUACAGAGAGAAACUUUUCUGUUUAAAGGAGCAUUUGUGGAGGAGGAAACGUAUUUAAAAGAAAAACAGUUUCAGAAACAUAUGGCAAAGGAACUCAAGGCAGUUGGUGCAGCAGCAGGCCAGGCCAGUCUUAAAGCAAGGAGCCCAGUUCCCAAUAACGUUCAAGAAAUCAGUCUCCUACCUGCCACUCCUUCCGGCUCUGACCAUGACCUGAAGUUCACCACGUCUUCUUACUACAGUUUGUCAGGAGCCGGUGUCUCUCUAAGAGACCAGAGCAGUCAGACGGAAUGGCCCUACUACCAGAGCAAGAUGGGAACGCCUUUAAGAUCAACAACCAUACUAGAUCAAGACUCCUCCUUCGUGCUAACACAUAAGAAAUCUGAUUUGGAAGCCUCGGAGACCUUCCCUCAAGGGUCCUUUUGGGAUACUAUAAUGAAUGGGCCUUUCGACAAGCAAGACGAGGAAAGCUUUGAUUCUCUUCCCAGCACCUAUCAGUCUGUGUUCAGAGAGAUCCUCAGGGAGCUGGCGUCUCAGCACGAGCUGGAACCGGAGGACGUGGAUAUGCCCCUGAGCAAACUGCUGGAGGGUGAAAACAGGAAGAAGCUGGGACUCUUGCUGAAGAAAAAUUUUGAAAAAUACAAAGAAGCAAUUAUGUGGAUUAUAAACAACCGUGAAGGUCAGAAGAUGCACGAGGAGAGCACCACUACCAUCACGUACCUCAUAUCAACUCUGCAACAGCCCCAGAAGCCAGAGGCAGAAGAAAUCAGAAGGCAUGUUUCUACUAUCAAGAAGACGUUAAAGCUAGACGCAGAAUGGAUACAGGCAAAGAUGAAGGUACACCAAGGUGAUGGAAAAAUAAUUACCUACCGCAGUGGGAAUACUUUCCAUAUUCUUUUUCCUAAUGGCACGGGCCAAAUAUACUACCCGUCAGGGAAUCUGGCUCUGCUGAUCGCCUGCAAAGGAGUCUCCAGGGUCACAUACAUUGUUCUGGAAGACUGUGUAGAAAGGAAGAUCCGAGGCUUUGUCACCAACUCUGGCCAUGCCACCUUCUACAACGAGGACGGGGAGAUCUGGUUGAGCCUGAGCAAACUCCUGGGCUACUACUUCCCUGAAGGUUGGCAUCAGAAGGCGUGGAACUGGUGGAACCUGAGCUUCCACGUGCACGCACCCCCCGUGAUGUGCAUCACGUUGAAACUCAACAAGUAUGUCCAUAUACAAAUAAGGAGCCAGGACAAGGUCAUCUUCUGCUUCUUUGUCCCCAAAAGGAGGAGGAUUUGCAUAAACAUGGGCACCAGGUUCAAGUUUAUAAACCUGAAACUGCUUCAAGCCAUGAAGAAGAAGGCGGUCCUGGAGACAGAGCCCGGCCCAACAUCGUGGAAGAUCCAGGCCCUUCUGGGAAAAAUAAGCAGGGGUCUGAAUUUCCUGAGCCUGUCUGACUUGGAACACUUAAUAGAGGUCGUCCAGGAGGCACUCAGCAACCUCAGUGCAAGGAAAUCUCGAAUCUGGCUUUAG